AUGCCUCAGCUCCAUGACGAUCGUCCACCACCCAAGAAGGCACGAGCAAGAAUCUACAGCGAUGAAGAGGAAGACAUUCGACGUGAUCGUACUAGACCACAAACGAGCACUCGCUUAGUUGAACAUCUCUUCGAUGACGAUGUCCCAUGUAGGCCGCGUUCGCACAGCACUGGACAAGAUAACCAGCAAGAUGAAGAUGAUCAACAGGAAGACGAGGAGCAGGAGGAUGAUGGCAUCGAGCCGAGGCAUUUCGAGAAGCUCAUCCGUGAGAUGCACUAUAGCAAGGCAGACAAGAGCAAGCUUGACGUAUGGAGUGAUGCAGCCCGUUUCAUCCCUCGAGCCAUGGGGCCUUUCAUUGACAUUCUCCAGACUCUGCAAGUCGGCAUAGCAUGUCAUGGUGUAGCUAAGGAUGCAUGGGAUCUCACCGACUGGCCUUAUCUUGCUUACAAAGUGUUUAGUGAUGAUGAGAGUGCUUCGAAGCUCAUAGAGCAUUACAGCACUCUCCUGAGGAUCAUACCUGGCCUGGCGAAGCUUGUUCCGCACUUUGAGAACGAGCCAGAAGACCUUGUUCACUUCGCCACCUUCCUGUCUCGCAAGGCCCGUUCGGCGCGCACGGACGACCUCAGCAAUGUAAAGAAGAACAUAUUAAGAUUUGUUCCGACAAUCAGAAACGUUCCGUACAUCGACUCUGAGCAUCCGAAGGAAGCACGAGGAUUCCAUCACUUCGCGACUGCACGUCUUUUAUGCCCUCGUCGAAUACGCGAACACUUCGAUGAGGACCCCGAGAAGUUCUGCAAGGAUGUCCUCGAGGGCCAGAUUCCCAUUGCAUCCACAGACCUCCCAUCGAUGGUCUAUCCUGAGAAUGGUUACAAUCCGUGUGCUGUCGAUGAAAAUGCCUUGAAGAGUGACCUGCUGGCUUCGUGCUUUCGAGCGCUGUUCACGAGACCUCGCAGUGGCAAACUGCCGAGGAACAAGGUCCCUGGUGAGCACAAGAAGGGAGGUGGACAUAACCCUAUCGCCUACAAUUACCGCAUGAAAGAAUGCAACGAAUACAACAUUGCGUAUCUUGCUCGCUUUGCAGCAAACUCCCAGUCCGAAUGGACUGAGGCAGACGACGACUUCUGCAGCGAAGAAUUCUUCAAUUUCAUCCUCGCUCUCUUUGAAGACCCCGAGUGGCGUGAGAAGACACUUGCUUGGUACAAUGCUGAAGUAUUUGGAAAGGGACCUCGCGCAAGCAGCGAGGACUCAGCUCAACUAUAUGUGGGCCCAUCUUCGCUGGAUCUCCUCACGCAGCAGCGUGCUGCGAGGCGUGCCAUGACGCAGGUUGCCACUCCUCCUCUGUCAAGCGAGGAUGGUAGAUCAGAGAUUGAAGAGCCCGUCGAUGCGAGUACAAGCCUCAGAGCUUGA